UUAGAACGUGGAAAGCAAGAAACCAAUAUAUGUUGCUGAAGCUGCAGGAAAAGUGAAAAAGUUGGAAAAAGUUUUAAUUGUUUUGAUAAUUGCGAUUCUCGGGCUACUUAUUAUCUGAACUGUGGUAUUUUGUGGUCAGUUCUCAAUGAAGUAACAAUUAUCCUAGGAAUCUUGAAGAAUGCCAGACUCCCCAACUUUCCGUAGACGUUCUAACAGAGUUGUAGAGCGGGAGAGAUCUGGGUAUAUGACAAUGGAAGAGGAUGACUUGGAGCAUAGUGGUGUAAGAGGUGGACGCAGCUGUUGUCUUUGUACCGUCAUCAUUAUUUUAUUUCUUGUAGCAGUUUUAAAUGCUCUGGUUACUGCAGGCCUUGUGUAUUUCCUGUCAAUUACACAUGAGGGGAUGUUGUCUUUGGAGUUUUUCCCUGGUGGAAAGUAUUUAAGAGUUCUAUCUGAUGUUGAAGUAGAAAAUCUAACCCUACAUGAUAAGCUACUGGGUAGAAGUAGAAAAGAUGUCACCAUUUCUGGACAUGAGGUUAUAAGUGACAUGAUUAUAUAA